UACUGAGUUGUUUCUGUUCCUGUGGAUUUGUCAUUCAGAAGCAAAGCAAAUAAAUGUAAAUCUUGUAAAAGCAGCUUAUGACGCCAGCCGCCAUUUCGCGGCCUGCGGCUCGGAGAUGAGCGUCAGUCUGGAUAUCAAACUGAAAAGAGCCAACAAAGUCUAUCAUGAGGGGGAAACUGUGGCUGGUGUCGUCACGUUGUGCUGCAAGGAGCCGCUGCAGCACAACGGCAUCGCGCUCAGCAUGGACGGCAUCGUCAACCUGCAGCUCAGCUCCAAGAGCGUCGGCGUCUUUGAGGCGUUUUACAACUCGGUCAAGCCAAUCCCGCUGAUCAGCAGCAGCAUCGAGGUGGCCAAGGCCGGGAAAAUCCCAGGAGGGAAAACGGAAAUCCCGUUUGAGUUUCCGCUCGUCAGCAAAGGCAACAAAGUUCUGUACGAGACUUACCACGGCGUCUUCGUCAACAUCCAGUACACGCUGCGCUGCGACCUGAAGCGCCCCCUGCUGGCCAAAGACCUGAGCAGGAGCUGCGAGUUCAUCGUUCACAGUCAGCCUCAGAAAUCAAAAAUCAUUCCGACUCCAGUCAAGUUCAGCAUCACUCCAGAGACGCUGCAGAAUGUCCGCGAGAGGAGUCAGCUGCCGCGCUUCCUGAUCCGAGGACAUCUGGACGCCACCAGCUGCGUCAUCAGCCAACCGCUCACCGGGGAGGUGCAGGUGGACAAAUCCGACGUCCCCGUCAAGAGCAUCGAGCUACAGCUGGUCCGGGUGGAGACCUGCGGCUGCGCCGAGGGCUACGCGCGAGACGCCACGGAGAUCCAGAACAUCCAGAUCGCAGAAGGAGACGUCGGCCACGGCCUGCCCAUCCCCGUCCACAUGGUGUUCCCCCGACUCUUCACCUGCCCACCCUGGAGACCACCAACUUCAAAGUAGAGUUUGAAAUCAACGUCGUCGUCAUCCUGCAGGACGAUCACCUGAUCACCGAGAACUUCCCUCUGAAGCUCUGCAGAGUCUGAUCCAUCGAUCAGUGAUCCAUCGAUCAGUGAUCCAUCAAAUACAGUCUGAACUGCAUAGAUUUGCUCACUGAACAUAUUUGAGGUGAAAUUCAAACAUUAAUAUUUGAACUAAAAUCAGAAUGCAGUCCAUAAUUUUUCUGCUUGUUCUCAAACUUUGAUGAAUUUAUGCUCAGAUUUAUUGAUUCCACCUCAUUUCUCCUAACUUUGUUUCUAUUAAUCAUGUUUGAUGAGCAGAAUUUAUCUGAGCUAUAAAAUGGAAAAUAAAUUACAUGUUUCAGGAGA